AUGGCCGGAGACUCAGCACCAAGGGAAGCGACCCGCGAGGAGAUGCGGGAGGCGAAGCUCCCCCUCCCCUACCGCGACAGCUGCGCCGGUCUCCUCAUCCCCCUCAACCGCUGCCGUGUCGACACUUGGUACCUUCCGUGGAAGUGCAAUGACGAGCGCCACAGCUACGAGAAGUGCCAAUACGACGAGUUCAAGAAGCGUGUCGCCAAAAUGAACGAGCUCCGCGCGGAGAAGGGAACGAGAAGCAAUUAG